CCAAACUACAGCGGACGUCUUGUGAGCUCUAGCCUUAGCCUUGCGUCUAUCAAUACCAAUACCUAUCCACCUAUACAAUCCAACUUUCCGAAUACCCUCUCAACAAUCCCACGUCCAACCCACGGUCAUUAAAAAGGAGAUAAGCUUGACAUACCGGCAAUAUGUUCAGAAACAACUACGACAACGAUUCAGUCACAUUCUCCCCGCAAGGGAGAAUAUUUCAGGUUGAAUAUGCCGCCGAGGCCGUGAAGCAGGGUUCAGUUGUGGUGGGCUUGACCAGCAAGACACACGCAGUUCUAGUCGCCAUUAAGCGAAACGCAGAAGAACUCUCCUCAUACCAGAAGAAACUCUUCGCAGUCGACGAGCACGUCGGGCUAGCAAUCGCCGGGCUAACAUCUGACGCCCGCGUGCUCUCGAACUUCAUGAAGCAGCAGUGUCUCUCGCAGCGACUAACAUACGACCGCGCGAUGCCGCUCGAGACGCUCGUCUCGCUCAUCGGCGACAAGGCCCAGCUCUACACCCAGCACUACGGCAAGCGGCCCUACGGCGUGGGCCUCCUCAUCGCCGGCGUCGACGAGGCCGGAACCCACCUCUUCGAGUUCCAGCCCAGCGGCCUCACCCAGGAGAUGCUGGCUUGCGCUAUCGGCGCGCGCUCCCAGAUGGCACGCACUUACCUCGAGAAGAACCUGGAUAAGUUCCCUGAUUGUGGGAGGGACGAGCUGGUUAGACAUGGCUUGAAGGCGUUGAAGGAGACGCUGGUCCAGGACCGCGAGUUGACGGUUGAGAACACGAGUGUGGGUGUUGUGGGCUUGAAGGAGCCGGGGAAGAAGGGGCUUGAGUUCUUCAAGGUGCAUGAUGGUGCGGAUGUUAAGGAGUGGAUUAACAGCGUGGCGGACGAUAACGAGGGCGGUGGCGAGGCGGGUGAUAGUGAGGGUAUGCAAGUGGACGAGUAAGAAAUAAGAAGAGGGAAAAAUUAACGACCAGUGGACCUAGUGUGGUAGAUGAAUUACUUGCAUUUCACUUGGGCGUAAGGACAUCGGUUGGUGCGCUUAUGUCGCGGCGCUAUCUAGAUGUAUCAAUAGACGACAAAUAAAUCACGAAACAAAUCGGAAAAGUCUGACAUCUUG